UCGACAUUGUCCAACUUUAGAUCUGGCAUACUCUGUAAAAAUAUAUAUUUCUUCUCUUUAUUCCCUUUGUUGCAUUUGUAGAUCACUUUUUGAUCAGCGACGAGUUUUCGAUUUUAGAAUCACAAAUUACGGCAUUUUUUAAGAGCGGUUUUGUUUAUUUAUUUAUCACAAAACGGUACCGAAAAUCGGGGACUGGCACGACGACUGAAGCUGUUUUCACCACAACACCUACGAAAACACUCAUAUAGCAAACCUCCAGGAUGCAUCCGCCUGUAGAGGCACAGUCCCUCUCAUCUCUCCUCCAAAUUGCCUCCAACCCGCCCCGCUACCCCCGAAACCCCUCAGAGCCAAAACGUGACCCUCUGGUCUUAUACAUAGCACGUGUCCCUGGCAGUCAAGAUGUCAUUCUCACGCCCCUCAAGCCAGACCUGAAGAACCUCAAGGAGCUCGACGUCGCUUCCUGCCUGUAUUACCUUCACCGCAACGUCCCCUCUGACGCGGCCCUGGUUGUCGACCUCUCCACUCACCCCGUGCACCCCCCAACGCCGCAUAUCGCGCGGAAACCCCUUCCAAAGUCUUCCGCACCCAUCACCACCGAUCUUGCAGCACCACCCCCACCCGAUGCCGCCAUCCCAACUGUCAGUCCCCUCGACCCGCCACAUCCCUCCUCGCCCCCUCCCAAGCCCCCGCGCCGCCCACUAAACGACCCGAUAUCCGCCCUCCCUCUCAAGCCCCCACCAUUAGCACCACCCCGCCGCCCUCUUGGACCGCGCCCACGCUCGCUGGCUACUCCAGCCGCCGUCCCAGCCACGGAGGGACAGGAAAACGCGCCUCUCCUCCCACCGCGGCCAUACCCAGAAGCAACCACGCCAACAGCAGCAGCUACCUCCCAAGCUCGCGGCCGGGCAGAUGCCCUCUUCCCCACCAACCCAACUUCACCCAACAACCACUCACCCACGCACCUCAAGGCAACAGAGCCCUACACCAUAACCCUCAUCCGGCGCGACCCCCCCACAGGUGCACAAUGGACCAUCGGCUCCCUCCUUAUCUCCCCCCGCUCCACCCCCUCAGUGGUAGUCACCCUCACCACACCCGGGUACACCACUUUCAGCAGCCCUCCCGGGGACUUCAAACGGGAGAUCAACACCGAUAAACCCGUGACAGCUGUGCGACGCCGCGGGCACCGGCGAGGCCACUCUGCAUUCUCCACCCACUCCUCCGAUCAGGCCCCAAUACCGCAACCCAAAGAUGCACAAGCCUACACUUUUCCCUCCCCAUGGUCAACACCCUGCACUUUCGCUACUGCGCCGUCGGGUCGCGCGCUGAGGUGCACACACGAGCUCCCCGCUGUAGACGCGGAGGGCGAGCCGACAGUGGAGGGUGUGGUUGUGAGUGAACUGCGGUAUAACACCCCUACUACCUCUCUAUUUGGGCUUGCUCGGCCGAAACACAGACACGGCGACAGGCAUGGGGAAAGGGGGAGCAGGAUACCCGGAACGCUACCAGGGGCGUUGCCAUUGCCACGACCGCAGUCACGUGCCAGGCCGAAGAGUGCACCUUCAUCACCACUGCACGCGCCGUCGAAUUAUCUAGCUCACGAGAGCUCUUGGACGGGUGAUGAGGAUGGCGGGGAUAGGGAUAGCGGAGCGGAUUUGUCGUUGGGAAGAGAGAAAGCGGGGGGUGGGAGGGCGGGGGGGAGAGCGAAGUUGGGGAAGUUGAUUGUGUUUGGGGAUGGGAUUAAGAUGUUGGAUCUUUUGGUGGCGGGGAAUAUGGGGGUUUGGUAUGAGGGGUGGGGGGAUAAGGGGAGUGGUGAGGGGGAGGGGAAUUGA